AUGGCGCCGAGGAGGAGGCAGAGCGGCAGGAGCGGGUUGGCCACGGAGAUGGCCGUCCGCGGCGUGCUCUUCUCGACCUCCCGCCUCACAGCGCUCGCCGGUGACCGCCGCGCCGGGGUCGCGUCCCUCGUCCAGAACCUGCUCCACCUCCACGACGCCAGCGCAUGCACCGGGGGUGGGAUUGUUACCCUCCGGCCCAGGCUCUUCGAGUUGGUGCUUAACGUACUGCUCAUUGCCGGCACCGACACAUCGGCGCUGACCACGGAGUGGGCGAUGGCGCUGCUUGUGAAGCACCCAGAGGUGACGCGGAAGAUGAGGGCUGAGAUAGACGCCAACGUCGGCAUGGGCCGACUGGUUGAGGAGUCGGACAUCACCAACCUACCUUACCUGCAGUGCGUUGUCAAGGAGACCCUUCGGCUGUGCCCCGUCGGCCCAAUCAUCCCAGCGCACGAGGCCAUGUAG